AUGGCUACCACGCCUAGUCAUCACAAUGACCUGUAUAUUGACGAAAAGGCCGAGAAAAUGCUCUUGCGCAAGCUUGACAGAUGGAUCAUCCCGCCUGUGAUGCUACUGUAUCUAUUCAGCUUCCUCGACUGGGUCGGUGUCGGAAAUGCGAGAUUAUACGGUCUCGAAGAGGACUUGGGUCUCGUGGGUGAUCAAUAUCAGCUUGCCGUAUCUAUCCUCUUUGUCACAUACACUCUGUCCGAGGUCCCAUCUAAUAUCGUCCUCAAAAAGUUCACCCCGUCUCGAUGGCUAGCCCUAAUUACCACGGGCUGGGGAGUUGUGGCUACCCUUACUGGAAUUGUUCAAAGCUUCUACGGGUUGAUAAUCUGCCGUCUUCUUCUCGGGGCCCUCGAGGGUGGCUUAUUCCCUGGGUUAGCAGUCUACCUGACAUUCUUUUAUACCAAACGCGAGCUAGCCCUUCGCAUCGCUUAUCUUUUCGUCUCUUCAGCAAUCGCCGGCUCGCUCGGUGGUUUACUUGCCUAUGCCUUUGGCUUUAUGGAUGGUAUCUCAGGGAUGCGGGGAUGGCGGUGGAUUCUUGUUCUUGAAGGAGUCCCGACCGUGAUCCUUGGCAUUGCUGCUUGGUUUUGGCUGGCCAAUGACCCCGAGACGGCAUAUUUCCUCUCUUCCGAUGAACGAGAUUUGGCCGUGAGGCGCAUGCAACGUCAGAUCGGCCAUACCGUCUCCUCGGGGCAACUACAUAAGAAGGAUGCCUACGCCGGGUUCCUCGACUGGAAGAUCUGGGUAUUUGCCGUAGCCCAAUUCGGUGUGGACUUGGUCCUAUACGGAUACGCGACUUUUCUUCCAACCAUCAUUCAAGGUCUUGGAUCUUGGUCCAUUGCCCAGGUUCAAGCCCUGACCAUUCCAUGCUAUGCAUUGGGGGCCCUGACGUACCUAGUGGUUGCCUGGCUUUCGGAUCGCAGCCAGCGGCGGGCUGCGUAUAUUGUUGGAUUUGGGUUGGUCUCUGCCGCAGGUUACGCUAUCCUUCUUAGCCCUUCCCUAGGAGCGGUAAAGUAUUUCGGCUGUUGUGUCGUUGCUAUCAGUCUUUACGUUAUUGUGGGAAUUCCUCUGGCAUGGCUGCCAAGUAACAACCCACGGUAUGGCAAGCGAACUGUAGCAGUAGGGCUGCAAGUGACGGUUGGCAAUUUGGCUGGUAUUCCAGCGCCGUUUCUUUAUAGCUCCAAGGAUGGUCCUCGUUUCAUCGUCGGUCAUAGCGUAUCUAUGGCUAUGAUUCUGAUGGCGAUGGUACUAUUCCUAACAAUGGGGUUAUGGUUUCGCCACGCCAAUGGAAGGCGCGCCUCUGGCGAUGAUGAUCAUCUAGUUGAAGGAAUGACUGACGAAGAGAUUGCAGAGUUGGGAGAGGAUAAUCCUGCGUAUAGGUAUACGUGGUAG